UCGGUUCGUAUCACGAAAAAAAAAUUAAAUUUAUUCAAAAAUUAGAAUAGACAAUUAUUAAAUUCUUCUUUAUUUUUACUUUUACAACUUUUGUGUAUUUUUAUCGUUUACACAUUUUUUUUUUCUUUACAAAAAACAAACAAACACGACGCGUUAACAAAACUGUAGUUCGUGCAACUGAAUCUGGAACAAUAAAUGGAUGAUAAUACGAUCAGCACAAUAAAAUUGCAUCUUUUAUAGAUUUAGCGAACAAUCAGCAACUUGUAACACGCAAAAAAUAAAAAUCACGGAAAAAACAUACAAAUUUAAUGAGUUGCAAAAAAAAAGUAAAACGAAGAAAUAUUGAGCAAGUGUAAAAGCCGGAUGCAAAAAUUAAAGAAGAUUGUCAGGCCAGACGACGAGCACGAGAGUCUGUAGUGUUUAAAUUCAGAAAUAAAUAGAAAAAUACGCGUGCUUUGUUAUCAGUGUGACGACUCGGUGAUACUACACUUUUAUAUUGCCCGGCAAAAAUUUUACUUUCAGUCGGUCACUCACUCACAAUUUUUUAUUAUUCUUUUUUUUUUUGUUAUAAAUAAAUAAAUUCAAGAAAGAACGAAGGAAAGAGAGAAAAAACUCACAUAUUUAUAGAAAUAGAUAACAAAAGUAACUAUGAAUGGUGUGACAUUUGAAUCAUUUUAAUAUUUAUAGAGCAGUGAGUUACAAAGUUUUUUCAGUAAUUAAAUUAUUAUUUUGUAUCAAAAAAAAAAGUGAAUUUGAAGAAAAAAUGUUAGGAAUAAAAUAUUUAAGUGAAGCUCAUUUGAAGGGCUUCGAUAAGUACAAGUACAACUGUGUCGACAAAUCAUGGUUUAGUAACAAUGUGAUGCACCCUUUUUGGAACAAAUGUGUGACAUAUUUCCCUCGAUGGCUCGCCCCAAAUCUCAUCACAUUCAGCGGAUUUCUCCUCACAAUCCUAAAUUUCUUCCUCAUCGCGUACUACGAUUACGACUUUCACGCUGCUGAUGCCGAAAAAUACCGCAACGAACCGAAUCCGAUACCGAGAUGGGUCUGGUUAGUUGCAGGAAUAAAUUUAUUUGUCGCUUAUACAUUAGAUGGCAUUGAUGGGAAACAAGCACGUCGUACAGGCACGAGUUCCCCGCUGGGCGAAUUAUUUGAUCACGGAUUAGAUUCCUAUUCGACCUCUAUUAUCCACAUUUACAUGUUCAGCUUGUUCGGAAGACAGGAUUUCUCCCCCAUACGGAUGCAUUUUAUCGUAAUUGCGGGCGUCGUGAACUUUUACAUCACGCAUUUCGAGAAAUAUAACACCGGGAUUAUGUAUUUGCCGAUUGCUUAUGACUAUGUCAUGUGUAGCGUUUGCUUAUCGCUCGCUUUCACGACGAUAAUUGGACCGUGGAUUUGGACAACGGAGUAUUUCGGGAUAUUGCCGAGACAAUUUUUCGAAGUUUUGCUUUACACAUCGGGUCCUGUGACGAGUUGGUGGGUUACGGGAAGGAAUAUUUAUCUAGGGUACAAAAAUAAAACUGGCAAAAUGAGACCUUUUUGGGAAGCAGCUCGCCCAUUGAUGCCCUUGAGUUAUUUGAUCUUUAUUACGACAAUUUGGGCCUUUUUCAGCGUCAACGAGAUAAUUAUGGACCAACCAAGACUUUUUUUCAUCUUAACGGGAACACUUUUCUCAAAUAUUUGUUGUCGCUUGAUCGUUGCGCAAAUGAGCGAUACCGUAACUGAACGUUUCAAUGCCUUACUUUAUCCAACGACGCUUUGUGUGAUAGUAUCUUGCUUCCCAUAUGCCUUGCUGAACCUUCAGCCAAUCACUUUGGAGGUCGAACGAUGGAUUAUUUACGUUUUAACGGGAUUUGUGACACUCGCGCACAUUCAUUACGGAGCAGGAGUUGUCUGCGAAAUGUGCGAUCACUUCAAAAUCCGCUGCUUUAAGAUUGCAGAUUAUAGUGACAUCUGUUCAACCAGUAGCAGUUGCAGUUCAAGCAGUGCCAGCACCUGUCUCGGAAAGUAUGGAAAAUCAAGUCUGAAGAAACACGACAGCUUAGAUAAAAUUCUGACAGAGUGAUUUUUGCAACGAAAAUUCCAAAGAAAUUGACUUAAAAUAAUUUUUAUACUCCAAAAAUAUUGAAAAUGUGCCAGUUUAAAAUUAAAAUUU